AUGCCAAGAGUCUCCUGUGGAUGUGCCUGGCUGGCCGUCGCGGAUGGCAGAGACACACAGGAUCUGAAGAGAGCCGAUGAGCAGGUGCGGAUUAGCGCUCGUCUCCUGCCUGGAAAUGCAACACUAGGAGGCUUUUGUUCACCUCAAAGCGUUUCACCCAGACGCCGCUGCUAUCUCAGACGAGCCGUCAUCCUUGUGUACAUUGAUGAAUGUGAUUUUGUCUCAGGAAGAAAAAAGCAGAAGGCGGUUCAGGAGACAGCUGGAUUAUCAAGGUUACCAGACCUGAAAGACGCUGAAGCCGUUCAGAAGUUCUUCCUCGAGGAGAUUCAGCUGGGAGAAGAGCUGCUGGCGCAGGGUGACUAUGAGAAAGGCGUGGAUCAUCUGACGAAUGCGAUCGCUGUGUGCGGUCAGCCGCAGCAGCUCCUGCAGGUCCUGCAGCAAACGCUUCCUCCUCCAGUCUUCCAGAUGCUCCUCACUAAACUGCCCACCAUCAGCCAGCGUAUCGUGAGCGCUCAGAGCAUCAGUGACGACGACAUCGAGUAGAAGACCUCCAGCAGCUCUGUGACAUCACUUCCUGUCUGCGUCGCGUCAGUCAAUCGCUCUGUCCCGCCCCUUUCCAUCCAGUUCUCAACACUUAACGCACUGAUUCUGAUUUAAAGAAGCAUUUGGGAUCAAACGUCAUAGAGUUUUGUUUUGAAUCUGAGCUUCGGAGUUUGUCCCGUUGAAGUUGACGUGAGUUUUAGUGUAUUUGAAUGACAGAAAACAAACCGAACAAGGCAUUUUUGGGUUCACAAAAUCAUGAAACAUGUCGCCGCAGAGGCUCAUAGAUGGGAUCUUUACAGUGUCCUUCGUCUCUCAUUGACUAAUGUUAAAAAGCAAGCCUAUUGAAGAUGGACGUGCUGCUGUAUUCAUGUUUUUAAGUUGUUUUUAAAGACUGCGAGACGUCUAAUGUGGUAUUGUGGGAUAGGAAGCAUGUUUAAAGGUGCUCCGGUUCAAGUAGGGGAGAGUUUUCUCUUUUUUUUUAAAUCCAAAAUAAAAAAAUCAAUGUA